CAAGGGUUCAAAGUUCAAAGUUUAAAUCCCUCGUUUUCCUACUCUUUGGUACCAUGCAUGCGGCGAAACUAGGAACGUAACUUACACCACUCGUGUAGCGAGACCUCUGAAGUAUUAAGUGGCCAACAGAGACAUCUAGAGGGAAGGUGAAACAGCCAUGUCUCGCCUGAUCGUUAAAAACCUGCCGCCAAGCAUCACAGAACACAAGUUCCAGUCUAUGUUUGAGGCCAUGGGGACGGUGACUGACUGUAAGCUGAAGUACUCCAAGAACGGCCAGUUUCGCCACUUCGGGUUCGUCGGCUUCCGGAGCCACCAGGAGGCGGAGAAGGCCGUACAACAGUUCCACAACAGUUUCCUCAACACUGUCAGGAUACAGGUUGAGUUUUGUAAGGAUCUUUCAGGGAAGGACACCCCCACACCAUGGAAACAGAAGAGAGCAAAAGUCAAAGAACUGUUACAGACAAAACAAAAAGAGAAGGGGAAGGCAGAGAAACCAGAGAAGAAAAACAAACAGUCUUCUGAUUCUAGUCUUCUUCUUGGAGAGCUUCAGGAUGACCCAGAGUUUCAGGAAUUUCUGCAAGCCCAUCAGAGCAAGGCCACUAGACCCACGUGGACAGAUACUGCCGGUACAGGGAAAACCCAGGAUGGGUCGGAGAAACACAGGAAAACCCAGGCUGAUAAACUGCUGUUCAAUGAAGAGGAAGAUGAUGACAUAGAAUCAGAAGAAAAAACAGAAGAAACUGCUGAUGAAAAGACAGCUCACCAAGAACAAGUUUCAGAUAUGGACUACUUGAAGUCCAAAGUGGUCCAGACAAGUGUUUCAUCUGACAGUGAAUCAGAAGAGGAUGGAGAGGAGGAGGAAAAAGGUGAAGGAGAAUGUAAGGAUGGAGGCACUGAAAAGAAGACAGCAUCACAGGAGAAGGCAGAUCAUACUGACUCCAACUACACACUGAGGAUGAAAGGUGUUCCCUACAAGGCCAAAGAGAAAGACAUCAAGGAGUUUUUCUACCCUCUGAAUAUCCAAGCUUUAAAAAUCCACCGUACAAGAAAAGGGAAAGGAACAGGAGUUGUUGAUGUUGGAUUCUCAAGUGAAAAGGACCUACUGGAAGCCCUGAAAAGAGACAAAGACUACAUGGGCACCAGGUUCAUUGAGCUCACACGAGAGGAGAGGAGAAUAGGGGAACAAGAAAGCUCUGAGAGAGAACAGAGGCCCUGGGAGAAAAAGAGUCAGGAGGCAGGAGAUGAAGAUGAGUCAAUAGCUGAGUCUGGACGCCUGUUCAUCAGGAACCUCCCCUACCUGUGUAAGGAGGAGGACCUGGAGGGACUGUUCACUAAAUACGGUCCCCUGACGGAGUGCCACAUCCCCAUCGACACCUUCACCAGACGAGCCAUGGGCAUCGCCUUCGUGACCUUCAUGAUUCCGGAACACGCCGUGACGGCCUUCUCACGGCUGGACGGGACGGUGUUCAUGGGUCGUCUUCUGCACAUCCUGCCCGGGAGGGGGCGGAACCAGGAGGAAGGGGCGCGCGGUGGGAAGGAGGGAGACUUCAAGAAGAAGAAAGAAGCCGAACAGAAAGCUAAGGCAGGAAGCUCCCACAACUGGAACAGCCUGUUCCUAGGAGAGAAUGCAGUCGCAGACGUCAUGGCGGAAAAAUAUGGCACCACCAAGAGUCAUGUCUUAGAUGCUGAUUCCAGAGAGAGUCUUGCCGUGCGGAUGGCUCUGGGUGAGACACAGAUAGUGGCAGAAACCCGACAGUUCCUUCUGGACAACGGAGUCAAGCUGGACGCCUUCAGUCAGCCUGCCGCGGCCAGAAGUAAAACUGUGCUACUGGUGAAGAACUUGCCUGCGGGAACGGAGGCCACACAACUGCAGGAGGUGUUCAGCAAGUUUGGACAGCUGGGGCGAGUGGUUCUGCCCCCGGUCGGGGUGACUGCUGUGGUGGAGUUUCUGGAGCCAUCAGAGGCAAGGACUGCCUUCUACAAGCUGGCUUACACCAAGUUCCAGCAUGUUCCCCUGUACCUGGAGUGGGCUCCCACAGAAGUGUUCUCCACCCCUAUGGACGUGGCCGCCCAGAAACAGCAACAAGAUAGCGGUGAACACGAGUCAGGAGAGGAGGAAGAUUCUGACUCUGAUGAUGACCAAGGUCAGGAGGAGCGCGGAAAGUGCACCCUGUUUCUGAAGAACCUGAACUUCGACACCACGGAAGCGACCUUGAAGCAGAGGUUCUCCUCCUGUGGGACAAUCAGAAGCGUCACCAUCGCCACGAAGAAGGACAUGAAGAAUCCUGGGAAGCUCCUGUCCAUGGGCUACGGAUUUGUGGAAUUUCAGAAGAGAGAAUCCGCACAGAAGGCCUUGAAAGACCUGCAGCACUGUGAAGUGGAUGGCCAUAGUCUAGAGCUGAAGGUUUCAAACAGGGCUGUGCAGAAAGACGACAGUUCACAGAGAAAAAAAGUCUCCAGGAAGAAGCAGAGAUCAUCCAAGAUCCUGGUGAGAAACAUCCCAUUCCAAGCCAAUAAGCGGGAGGUGCAGAACCUGUUCAGUACCUUUGGUGAGAUCAAGUUUGUGCGGCUGCCUCAGAAGUUCGGCAGCACCCAGCACAGAGGGUUCGGCUUUGUGGAGUUCCUCUCAAAACAGGAUGCCAAGAGAGCCUUUAAUGCCCUGGUACACAGCACGCAUCUGUACGGGCGUCGCCUGGUGCUCGAGUGGGCCGACACCCAGGAAACCGUGGACGAACUGCGCAAGAAAACUGCAGAGCACUACCAUAACGAACCAGCUAAGAAAAAGGGGAAAUCAUCAGUGUCAGAGGGAGAGCUCGUCACCAGGACACAGGAGAGAUGAAGGACAAUAUUAUGUAUAAUUAUAGGAUAGUUCUUUAUUUAAUACCUUAAAAUAUUGUUAUUGAUACUUGUCCUGUCCUUGUUAAAUCCCACUUGUAUUGUCUCCACUUUUGUCAGCAGGGAUAGCCCUUUGUAAUAGUCACAGGCUAGUUGGGCAGUCCUGGCUGUGCAUGCUGAACAGUUAAACCAAUAAAUAAACAAUAGGCUUUAUGAAAAGCUUCUAGACAGGGAGGGGUUUCGACAUGUACAUACAGAAGUAAUAAUAAUAAUAAUGAUAAUAAUAUCUGGUGUAUUUGCAGCUAAUGGGUACCCAAUAUUUGGGUAAUUUACAUGGUUGAGGCGACUCCUUGAGCACGGGACCCCUGCUUUAGAUGGACCCCCGCUUUAGAUCCCUUCCGAAAUAGGAUUUUGUGGACCUCUUGUAAUGGAAAAGAAUAGAAGGAUAUGUCAACCCUUACACGAUUAUACUCUGAACAUAGUCAAUGAUAGACGAUUACUUGGGUUUGUGCCAAAUAUACACCCUUCUCCUAUUACUGAGCAUCACUUUACAUUAAAAAAAAGAACAUUU